GCAUUCAGGCACAAAUCUGGAAACAAAUUUUUGCACUCUUUCAAAUCCAUGACACGAGCUUAUUGUUGCAUGUAGUUUGGCGACGCUUCACCCGUUGUCAGAUAUGGGAGCCAGCCACAGCACGCGUCGCGUGUCUUUUGAAUCGGACGAGAAUGACAGCAUUACGAUUGUGAAGGGCAUUCGGCUAUCGGAAAAUGUCAUCAAUCGCAUGAGGGAAAAACCAGCUCCCCCGCUGUCAUGUCAAGCAUCGAAGCCUCCCUCACCACCACCCGUGUUUGAUCCUUUACCUCCUCUGCUACCAGUACAUCCCCCCUUUGACCCACUCACCUCCCUCCCACCUACACCUCCACCUCUGCCAGAUCCUGUCAUUCUUCCCACAUCUCCUCCACCCACUGUGGAGGUCUCAACUCCUCCUCCACCUCCACCGCUCGUUGAACCUGUGGCCCCCGUCGCACCUCCUCCACCUAUAGAGCAUGUGACCGAACCACCACUUACACUAGUUCAGACAGUCAUAUCCCCAGCUCCUUCAGCUCCUGAGCCAGUGAUUACACCUCCGCCACCUCCCCCUCUUGAGCCUGUUGCACCUCCUCCACCAGUAGAGCAAAUUUCACCACCUCCUCCUGCUGAGCCAAUAGUUGUUCCACCACCUCUUGUAAUUGAAACCGUUGAACCUGUGGUUGCUCCAACACCUCCUGUAGUUGAAACCGUUGCCCCGCCCCCAUUGUCUGAGCCAAUUGUUCCACCUCCGCCUGUGGAACCAAUUACUCCUCCACCUCCAUUUGAAGCAGUUGUUCCUCCCUUGCCUCCUAUAGAGUCUAUUGCCCCUCCUACCCUGCCUGUUGAAACUAUUCCCCCUUCUCCACAUGUGGCGGAGCCAGUUGCACCACCACCACCAGCACCAACACCAGCAGUGGACGAGGCUGAACUGAGGAAGAGGAUCACUGAAGAACUGCAGAAGGGUCUGGAAGAGGAGAGGAGCAAAGCUGAGCAGGAGCUGCGGCAGUGGCUGGAGGAGGAGCGGGCCAGAGUCCAGACUGAGGCCCAGACUCAGGUGAAGGAUGAGGUGAACCGUGUCCUGCAGGCAGAGAGAGCCGCAGUCCAGGAGACUCUCCAGGAAGCUGUGAUGAGAGAGCGAGUUACCGCGGAAGAUGAACGACUGCGUUCGCAAGUCUACGAGAUGGAGCGUAAGGCGAAGCAGCUGGAGGACAAAGACAGGGAGCUCAGAAAGCAAGAUGCCUUUUACAGAGAGCAGGUGGCGAAAUUAGAGGAAAAGAGUGCACAGUUCUAUAAGGUCACCAAUGAGAACUACCAUAGAGCUGCAGAUGAAGUGAAUGCCAAGUUCAAGCGGUAUGAGAUUAGCCCUGUGUGUGCAGACCUGCAGGGGCAGAUUCUCAAGUGCUACAGAGAGAAUGCUGGAAAGACACUGGUCUGCUCCAACAUCGCUGCUCUCUACCUGCAGUGUGUCAACAACGCCAAGCAGAACAAAUUAAGGACCGGAGGUUAAUGCCCGGGAGACCGAACCGAGAAGGAGCCAUGUUUACAUUGCAUGGCGUUAUCAUUUUUGUCGACCGUUUUAUGGACCGGACUUUUAGAGCAGAGGAGAGUCACCACCCGAGACACACCUAACCCAACAGGAACCGAAGACCAGAACCACAGCAAGCAGAGAGAUGAGCACUUCAGUCCUGUCUGUCCAACUCUCUUACCUCUCACAGCCUAAUACAGACGUGUCUCCUGUCUUCCUCUCUGGCCAUGUGUCUCAGUCACAUGUCUGGGAAGAUCUCUACCACUAUCCACAAAUACGGUAGCUCAGUGAUGCUGGAGUGAGAGGGAAAUGUACCAGAGCACAGAUCUCACAGGAGAGCCUGUUACCCUGUAGUUCACCUCAGGAACCUGCGGGUCGGAACCAGGCGCCAAGGAGGAUUCAAACCGAACUACCAGAACUGCAACCGAACCUCGCACACCCACACACACCCUGUAGUACAAGAACCUUUAGCUCACACACUGCUCAGUUCAGCUUGCUUCCACUUGUAGCUCUGUCACACUCACUCUCAAUGCUCUUUAUGUCUCUGCGUGUAUAAUGUUUCAAUUAUGAAUCAGCUUUGGGGUUUUUUUUUUUGUUUCACUUGCUUUCAUCUGCUACAAUGCUAUUAGUUCUGACUUGCCUGAUGAACGGGGAAAAAUAAAAGAAUGAAGCUAUAACCAUA